GUAGCAGCGACGUUCGGCCAGUAAGCCUGACUGGUUUUCUAUUGAUAAUCCAUGGCUCAUGAAUAUUAAUUAACCUAGCGCACGGAUGCUCAAUGUAAAGUCAACACGGCCUAUUUAAUAAUUCAUUAGCUCAGCCGGUCCCACAGUAGGAUUCGUACCGUCGCUCCGCGGCAGAGUCACGGAUGCUCAGUUGAACGCGGGGAUCGAGAGUCGGUCACAUCGCUGGACUGUAAGCGGAGCUUUUGGGAUUAAUGAGACUCGUUGCUAAAUAGUUUAUCAGACUAAAUGCGUGACAUCAUCCGCGCGCAGACACUGACGCAUCGGUGAAACAAAGCGUUUGUUUUGCAGAUCGUACUAGUGAGAUCAAAAUGUCAGAUACAGCUAACGGUACCGGAGCUCACGGAAGCUAAUAAAGCAUUGUUAUUGUCUUUAUGUGGACGGGUUUUCCGUUAACGGUUUAGGUUCAAACGUCCGAUUUCAAAUCUCUGAAAGAGCGGGUACUAAGUUGCGCGUGGACUCUGAUGGAUAGCAGGUGCAUGAACGCAUCAUGCUUUAUAAACCGCCAGAGCAAUGUGAUUCUUCCCCCGCGGUUAUUAGUGUUUUCAUAAUAUCUGAGGAUAAAUCAGCGUUUAUUUGAUUGCAUUGUUCUUUUCCCCUUUGCAGUGUGAUAAUGUACCAGCGCGUGAUGUUCAAAUUUACUGUUGCAUACCGAAUCAGUGCAGCCACUCCAAAUACAAAUUUAACUAACUUAAAUCUAAAGUGUCUUAUGUAUAUUUUUGUGUACAUUACUACAGUUUAAUUCUCUAUAGAUAGGCUGUAAAAAAAUCAUCUCGCUAUAAUUCAAUUCGCUUAAAAUUCAAAGUGGCGCUGAAGUCACUACUUCUAACCUGCAGUGAUACGUUCAUUGGACUUUUUCGACCACUUCGAAGCGAAUUACUCAUAGAAAACGAGUAGAAAAUCAAGUCAAAUAAAUGAAAACAACUAUGUAAACAUUUUUACAAUGCAUAAUAUAGACAUGAUAUGAUAUGACGUGGUUUCUUGCUAAAUAUUGCAUUUGUUAAUUGAGUGCUUUUAUUGUUAACUUCUCGGUUUAAAAUAUUGACAAAUCUAAAAUGCAGCAUCACACUUGAGGUUCUGCAGUUUGAUUGUGUUGUUUCCUGUUAAUUAAAUGCUAAAAACGUAGUGUUCAAAAGUUAGACUGGUCAUUUGAGCGAAAGCUUUAAAUCCAGAGGAUGAUCCCGUCUGAAGUGGCUGGACUGCUGUCAGAGCGGCUUUCUCAAGAUUAACAGCCCGCUGCUCUUUUCUUUCCCUGCACCGCCUACAAUUAUAUCGUUAACUGGAAUAUUCUUCAUCUCUACCUGUUUUAAAACACGUUUGUGCUAAAUGGGACUUAAAUGAAGUCCAUCUGAAGCCACCAAUAGUGACAUGGCUUGUAAAUCAUGAAUGAUGCUUCUAUAAGACUCAAGUAAACUAUAGUUAGAACAGUCAGAUGGCAUUGUCUUUAAAGCGAGAAGCAGCUGACUUUUUUCUGCUGCUGUAAUAUGACAUUGCGAAAUCUUUUGUGAAACGUGCCGAACCGAGAAGCAGCUAACAUGUUGUAAAUAUGACUUUGUGACAUUACUUCUAGCAAAACAUGACUGAUUCUGCUGCUGUUUGGAGAAAAAUGACAUUGUGACGCUACAAUUUUUAGCGCGGUGAGCGGAGAAGCAGCUGACACUUUCAUUCUGCUGCUGUAGCGAAUAUGAGAUUGUGAUUCUGGGUGUUUAGUGGUGACAAACCAAACCUGAUGCUGCUGCAAAUAUGACAUUGUGACAUCAGGACUCGUUCUCUAAAGCGGCAGACUGAGGAGCGGCUGACACUCUUUUUUGCUGCUGAUGAUGCUGCAGCUGCGAAAAUGCUGCGAUUCCCUGUGAAGAAGAUACGAAAGCAGUUCAGACUUCUGCUGCUGCUGGUGCUGCUUACUUUCGCCGUGUGGUUUACAUACCUGCACAUCAACCAGGGCAAAUCCAUCAAACUCCACUUCAACUACGGUAAAGAUGGUGAGAGGCCGAUGGAGGGAACUGAUACCAGUGGUAAGAGAGACUCGCGUUCAUCAGACAAGUACCGUAGAAGUGAAGACAGCAACAGCCAGGAGGAAGAAAAUGCACAGGAAGAGCCCAACGCUAGCAGCGUUCAUGACAAAGAUCAAGCUGAAAUCCGCAUGUUCCUCGCACACAAGUCCAAAAAAUUGCCAUGGAAACCAGAGUUUAAAGGUCAAGCGAAUCUCCAUGUGUUUGAAGACUGGUGUGGUUCCUCAGUCGCUCAGCUCAGGAAGAAUCUGCACUUUCCUCUCUACCCCCAUACGAGAACUACUGUGAAGAAGUUGGCUGUGGCUCCAAAAUGGAAGAACUAUGGCCUGAGAAUAUUUGGAUACAUUCUUCCUUACAAAGAUGGUGAUUUUCAGUUUGCCGUUUCUUCGGACGAUAACUCCGAGUUCUGGCUGAGUUCAGAUGACAAUCCUCUCAAUGCCCGUCUGCUGGCGUACGUGGGAAAGCUGGGAUCUGAAUGGACCGCACCAGGAGAGUUUACCAAGUUCAGAUCUCAGGCGUCCAAGUCUGUGCAUCUCAUGGCCUCCAGACGGUACUACUUUGAGAUUCUCCACAAGCAGGACGACAAAGGCUCGGAUCACGUUGAAGUCGGGUGGCGCCCUUUCCUGCCAGGACUCAAGUACGAGGUCAUCGAUUCCGCCUACAUCUCCUUGUACACAGAUGAGAGCAGUUUGAAGAUGAACCAUGUGGAUCACAUUCCUCAGACACUGGCCAGCCAUGGCCCCGUCCCAGCAGAGACCCACACCCACAGCCAACACGGCGCCGAUAUGCUGCAACCAGACCCGCGCGACACCUUCUUCAACAUUCCCAUGAUUGACCCCACUCAUCUUGAAAAUGUGUUGCCGGCCUGUCUCUACUCGCCAACAUAUGUGGUCAAAGACUUCCCUAUCGCUCGCUACCAAGGCCUACAGUUUGUCUAUCUUUCUUUUGUCUUUCCCAAUGACUUCACCCGUCUCACCCACAUGGAAAGAGAAAACAAGUGCUUCUACAGAGAGUCGCCCAUCUAUUUGGAGAAGUUUGGUUUCUAUAAAUACAUGAAGAUGGAUGAGGAGGAAGAUGACAGGCCAUUUUUCUUCCCUAAUCCUGAUGAUUUUCUUGAAGAAGAAGAAGGGGCAGAUCCAGAGGAUGAAGCACAAGUUGUUGGCACCCAGUCAGCAAAGGAAUCUGCCCAACCUAGCCAAUCAAAUCAUACAUCAAGUCCUUCUGAAAAUCCUGUUGCCACAAUGCUGGAGAAGAAAGAGGUAGAGCUGGACAACCCAGCUUUUAGGAGAGAGCAAAGGCGCUUUUUCUCAAGAGCAAGGCAGGUGGUUGGGUCUCAACCUCAAGAGACAGACCAAGACACUCUGGACCAUCAGGCUAAGGUAGGGUUACCAGAAAGUGUGAGUGUGGUGCGAGGUCGUUCUCUCACUUGGGUUCAAAAAGACCACCGGGACUUUCGAGAAGGCUGGUCAGAGGAUCGUUCACUGAAAAUAAGCAGAUCGGCUUUGCUAUUCCCACCGAAAUCCUCAUUGGUGGCUCUCAACAGUCGAGCCAAGCAAACCCUCAGCAAUCCUGCCCUCACCGUUCCUUCCCCAGGCAACAACCAAGCUCAUGACAACAGCCACAAUCCUGGAAACAGCCACACCAACAAGGAACGCAAGAAAGAGGACAACAAAAUCUACGUCACAAGACCUCGCCCUGCCAAGGACAAGCAAAGACCCAUUUCACGCCAACCCAGAGAGGUCUUCCCUGGCGUUUUCCUCUACCAGAGCGGCAAAACCACAAAGCUGGUGAACCUCAGUGCCAGACCAAGGCUCAAUAAAGGAGUUUUGCGUGCAUCCCAGUUAUUUGUGCGGUCUCCUCUGCAAGAGAGCAAGGUCUUUCCAGCGAGCCCCAAUUGCAGCAAGCCAGGUGAAAACCCUGUGGCCCCAAACCGAGCAUCAAUCCCAAGCCGCUUUGAGAGGAGGAUACGAGGCGUCUGGGAAAAACACCAGCGUCCCUUGAGGCCCAUCACAACCGCUCGACCCCCUCCUGCUUCCACCCCUCCGUCCACUAACUCUGAGAACGUGCUUCCGACUGGUCCUCUCCGUGUCACUUCCUACUUGCAUACCUCUGAGAUAACCGAGUCCCAACAGCAGCGGCCGGACACUGACCCAGAACCGGAGGAGGACGGAGGCCAAUCAGAGUAUAGUUAUGAGGACGUGGAGCCUCGCCCCGGGUGGGCGGAGGAGACCAUUAAUUGGCAGAGGACGUUUUCCGUCAAUAGCAUGGACUUUGAGACAUUGCGCUCUGACUGGAAUGAUCUUCGUUGCAACGUGUCUGGAAACCUGCAGCUAUCUGAGAGCGAAGUGGUGGACAUACUUGCACAGUACAUGGAGAAGCUCAACGAACGCAACGGAGGGAUUUAUACUCUCCUCCGCAUCAUAAACGUAGAAAAGCGGCGUGACUCUGCACGCGGUAACCGCUACCUGAUAGAGCUGGAGCUAAUGGAGCGAGGCCGUAAAGUGGUCCGUCUAUCUGAGUACAUCUACUUGCUGUUGCACCGUGGUCGAGUGGAAGACAGUGUGGAGAAUACGGAAGGGGUCACAGCAUCAUCGCCCUCUUCCCCUGUCGCCAGCCCACCUGCUCCACCCUCCCGCGCACCUACCCGUGGGACUCACGGCACCCCACAGUGGAGCACAGAGUAUGCCAAACCCCUGCUGUGCCAGCCAGUGAUGCUGCAGUGGAAAAAGGACGUCAUGGUGCAUUUUGUGGUACCAGUUAAGAAUCAGGCUCGCUGGGUUCAGCAGUUCAUUUCAGACAUGGAGAUCCUGCACCGUGAGACCAAGGACAACAACUUCAACAUCAUCAUCGUGGACUUCCAGAGUGAAGACAUGGACGUGGAACAGGCUCUCAGAGAAAGCUCCGUUCCACGAUAUGAGUAUCUGAGAAGGGAAGGAAACUUUGAACGUUCGGCCGGGUUACAGAUCGGUGUGGACACCAUAGAGGAAAGUCACAGUAUCGUGUUUCUGUGUGACCUGCACAUUCAUUUCCCUCUGAACAUCCUGGAGAGCAUCAGGAAGCACUGUGUGGAGGGCAAACUGGCCUUCGCUCCGAUAGUGAUGAGACUGGGCUGUGGCAGCUCCCCGCAGGAGCCUGACGGGUACUGGGAGGUCAACGGCUUCGGCCUGUUCGGGAUCUACAAGUCAGAUUUUGACAAGAUCGGUGGGAUGAACACGGAGGAGUUCAAGGAGCGCUGGGGAGGAGAAGACUGGGAACUACUGGACAGAGUUCUACAAAACGGUCUGGAGGUUGAGCGUUUAAGACUGAGGAACUUCUUUCACUACUAUCACUCGAAAAGAGGCAUGUGGAACUCACAGUCCAGUAAAGCUCCUAAAGGAUAAAACUGAGCCUCGCUCGGAGACUUCACACUAACAAUAGCGGGACCUUGAAGGACCCAUCGGUUGUGUCUCUGGGACCCGUCUCAUACAGGAGGACCAUGACGCUGCCAAGCUGCUGUCCAAACUCAACACUGGAGAGAGACUCUUAUUCACUGAGCGUGGAUCUGUGUGUACCUCUGUCUGAACGAUCAUUGAAGAGUUAAAGGACGUGUUACUCUAGACUAGCAGCUCAGGUACUUUGGGUCACAUAACUAUGGUUUACAGCACUUAAGAUAUUACAAGCUGAUUGUCUAAAGGUUUAGAUGUGCGCUGGUACUUACUUCUGCUUUUAUAUAGCUGUAAAUGUCACUUCCUGUUCAGAUGUGAUGCCGCCUUACACUUGAACUGUAGAAAUGAUCUGAUGUGCGGCGACUAACGUGGUUUCUCUUUUCUAAAGUCCUGCUGAACUUCCGGACACGACUGGACCAAGAGCAGCCUGCUGAGAUAUUAAAAUGAAGCUGAUUUGUCUUUGUAUUUGUCUGGAUGUCUGAGCUGCUUCGUUUCCUUAUUUCCAAUUGAUUUCCGUCUUUAUUGGCUAGUUUCACAUGAUGCAGAUGAAUCCUUUCAGACUGCUGUUUUAUUCUGGGCUUAAACCAGUCUCAUUGAUGCAGUAUCCAUUUCUACAGAGUUCAACGGUAGGGAAAAAAAGAUGUCCUCCAGAAGCUGUGUGCCUUUCUUUGAUGUAAUUUAACAUGGCAGUCCAUACAGGGCUAGGAAGGAGUCCCGAGGUUUAGCUAUCUGGAUUGUGUAAGUCCAUAAAUAGCUUUGUGUUACGGAAAUGAAUGAACAGUAGAUGAUGUUUAGAAAGAAUAUAUUUGUUCAGAAUCCAAGACUAGCUUUGUUUAAUCUUAUUUUGAAAAUGUUCACUAUCAUUUGGUCCAUUGGUCAAGAAAUGUUCCAGGUAAUUUUCUCUCUCAAAAGUGCAGCUUUUACCACAGAAGAAAAGACUCCCGCCGUUUGUAAACAGUGUUUACAGUAAAGGACAUAAACCAGAAGGAGCCUAUCAGGGGCAAGGCACGAAAUAUAACAUUAUAGAUGCUAUCGUGAGAUGGGAUUAAUUAUUUAAAAUGAAGUUAUAACGAUAUAAAGAGUAUAAAGAUGGCAAGUUAAGCAAAAGAUACCAGAAAUAACGUGACGAAGGCUACUAUACGUGAAGUACUGUUAAUGUUUACAGAAAGAAAACACAGUUUUGUCGAUAAAAUGAAUCUGCUUUAAACUAAUCCCAUAGCUGAAGAGUUGUUUAGACAUCUGUAAAGCUCAAAUAACACCCAUAUUUCUGUGAAAAUCGUUUAUAAACUAAUUAAAUACAGCUGUAGUUUCAGUUACUACACGUCUUGAAUAUCUUCCACGCGUUUACUGUAAAUGUUUUUUAUAAACCAGGAAACGAGGCGAAAUUAUUUUCUUUGAUAAUCGACAGCAUUUUGUUUGACUUCCUAUAUAUCUGACAGGCUUGUAGAUGAACACUGUAGGACACUGACACGGGCAGCUCGAGGGUCUGAAUGUGUGUAUUAUUCUGUCGUUUAGUUCAACGCUGUAACAUACAAGCUACCGACAACAUUGUAAUGUGCUUUGAUUUCAUUUGAGAAAUACCGAGAUCAGCCCAGAUGUUGUGAUUUUGAAACCUGACCUUUUAAAGAGUCGCUUAAAUUGAGAUGUUUCUUUCUCCCCCUGGAUCGAUGUAUCUUCAGACUGCCUAUUAAACCAUGACAGGACACUAGUACAUUACGCCUAACACAGGGAUCUGCAUUACAAGGUAAUUUCUGUGAAAUUGUUGUGUAGACAUUUUUCAGAAUGUUUGCAUUUUAUUUUAACAUUUUUUGGGUUCAUAUUUAUGAAAAAUAAAGUUUAAAGU